ACUGUGCCCUGGGCGUGUGUGGCGAAGGAACAUGUACUCUUCAAGAGGCCGCCCCUGGGUACGCCUGCGAGUGCCACCCUGGGUACUACGGGCCUCAGUGCCAACACCACAACCCCUGCGAGCCUGUCAACCCGUGCAACCAUAUUGGUAAAUGCCUGAACCACAGCGACGGUUCCUACACCUGCGACUGCCUCCACGGGUUCUACGGCCAGAACUGCUCGCGGAUCGACCCCUGCGCCGCCGUGUCCUCGAACCCCUGCCACAACGGGGGUUCUUGCGUCAGGUCGUCUACGAAUCCUCAAUCCCACGUGCGCCAAGAAAGUGGAGAGUACACUUGCCUUUGCCCUUUCGGCUUCUUUGGGGGCACCUGCGAGCGCCGUGACCCCUGUUCGUCGAGUCCUUGUCUCCACGGAAGCGCCUGUGCCAAUGUGACCGAUACAGAGUUCACCUGUAAUUGCACUGAAGGUUAUACAGGAGGAACUUGUGAGGUGAACAUAGACGAGUGCGGGAGCUCACCCUGUCGCAAUGGCGCCACCUGCGAGGAUGGGGUCGCCGCCUUCACCUGCACCUGCAUGGCCGGCUAUACAGGUACCCUCUGCCAAACGGAGAUCGACGAGUGCGCCCCGAGUCCUUGCCUGAGGGGGAGCUGCGUCGACAAGAUCGGGGACUUCGAGUGCGACUGCCCGCGAGGUUGGGGCGGGAAGACGUGCGAGGUCGACUUGGACGAGUGUGCCUCCUCCCCGUGCCUCAAUGGUGCCACCUGCAUUGACGGUCUGGAUGCCUUCGCGUGUGCCUGUGCCUCUGGGUAUGGGGGCAAAGUUUGCGAAGUUCCCGAGUCGUGCCCCGCCCACACCACGGUCCUGGACACGGGCGAGUUCCACUGGCCGGCGACGCGCCACGGGCAGACGGCCGCCCUGUCGUGCACCUACGGCCUCAGGACGACCAUCGGAGCGGUGCCGCCGUCAGCGAGUCCCACCGCCACCGCCGAGCCACCGCCCGCAGAUGCGUCUUCGGGGGCGUCGCACGAGGCCUCGGCUCUCUUGUCCUCGGGGGAAAUGUCCCUCGAGUACGAGGAGGACCUCGACUCGAGCCCGACGCUGCUGCCGGACUCGGACGAGUUCACGACGCAGGCGGAGUGGCAGGGCGGCCGCUUCCGCAUCAGCCGGCGGACGCGCGACGUGGCGGCGCACGCGGGCAACGUCGACUUCUCGCGCGGCCCCGCCUUCAGGAAGGACAACCCCGGGGCGAGACGCCGCCUCGUCACGUCCCGCCUGCGCGGCGCCGUCUCGAGGCGCGCGGGCCGGAGGAUGCAGCGGCGGAAGCAGCAGACGCAGGAGGAGGGCGCCCCGGACGACGCAGGGCAGGGAGCCCGGCCACCCAGGGGGGAGCAUGGGCUGGAGGGCCCGCAGCGCCCCAGGGGGAGGCCGCGCAUCAGGGGCUUCCGGGCGCAGAAGCAGGCCCCGGUGGCGCAGCCCCGCAUCGGCGAGGGGGCCGGCGGCAGCCCUUCGAGGAGAGGGCGCCAGUUCGUCAGCCCCCCCGGGGAUAUGCCGAGGAUCGGAGAGGCUCCUGACCCGCCCAGGAUUGGAGACGCCUUUGCCGAGCAGCCGAGGAUUGGCGCGAGGAUGGCGCAGCAGUCGAGAGGAGGGACCGAGGUGAUAGAGGAUUAUCCGAGGAUUGGGGAAAGUGCGUCCGAUCGCCCCAGGAUUGGAAAGAGUUUGUCCGAACAUCCAAGGAUUGGGGAAAACAUAGCGGAGCAUCCCAGGAUUGGGGAAAGUUUAUCCGAACCUCCGAGGAUUGGGGAGAGUCUUUCAGAGCCCCCUCGAAUCGGCGAGAGCCUCUCCGAGCCCCCUCGAAUCGGCGAGAGUCAGCCGGCGCCCCCCAUCGGCGAGAGUCAGCCGGCGCCCCCCAGGGUCGGCGAGAGCGCCUCCGGCCCCCCGCGGCUGAGCGAGAGAGCGUCGCAGCGCCAGAGACCCGCCGGAGGAGCGCGCGAGCUGCCCCGAAUCGGCGAGACCCUGUCUGGCCGCUCGGAGGAGAGGAUCCCCCUUCAGAGCCUCGGCGACGCGCUCCACGGCGACUCAGAAGGCGGCGAAGAGGUAGACGUGGAGCCGCAGGCCGUCAGGGCGAAGGACGGAGCUGCUCCAGGUGCCAGAUCGCCGGAAGAAACCGCUGCCCCCGAACACAGCCGGGCCUCCAGCGCCGGCGCCGGAUCCCCGAGAGCCAUCCCCGUCUUAGGUUCGGAAAUUAUGAAGCUCCAGAAGGCCGACAAGCCCGACACGACGCCGCCGCCGACCAUCGGCCCGGCCCGAAGCCACGUCCAGGCGGGCGCCGUUCGGGCCUGCGUGCUGCUCCCCAACGGCACCGUCGCGUGGCAGGAACCCGACACGGAGAUGUGCCGCGGGAAGGAGGCGCAGGCGGCGGAGAACGCGGCCAUGUCCAUCGCGACGCUGACGGCCUCCCCGGCCAGCGUGAGCUCCGCCCUGUUCACGCGGGCGGCCAAGGAGCUCGCCAAGCUGGUCGAGCACGCGCUGCACGACAGGGCGGUGGCCAAGAACAUGGUGUCCGCCAUCAGCAACAUGAUGGAGGUGAACGACUCCGUGGUGGCGGAGGGCGACAGGGACAGCAACAUCACGCAGCAGCUGGUCGGCACCAUCAACAGCUUCACGGAGAGCGUUCCUCUGGAGGUCGGCGAGAAGGUGGAGUUCAGGUCCAACAACCUCGUCGUGGAAGCCCGGAUGUUGAGGUCAGACAGCAGCGAUGCGAUUCUGUUUCAGCCGCAACUUCAGGAGACUUCGACGUCGAGGAGAAAGCGUGAAGUCAAUUCGUCAGAGACAAGUCAGCCAAAGGACUCGUACCUGAAACUCCCUCCGGCCGUUCUGUCGAUGGCGACUGGCGAGAGCGUGAGACUGGAAUUCGUGUCUUUCGGCAACGACAAAUUCUUCCGAGGUAGCCGUCCGUUGGGAAUGCCCGUGAUCACUGCCCGAAUCACGAACACGACCGUGAAAAAUCUGUCGGAGCCGGUGACGUAUACGAUCGCCGAAGCCAACACGAACGCAAACGAAUCGCUGUUUCGGCCAUCUUGUGUGUACUGGGAUGAUGCAGCCCAAGACUGGUCGAGCGCCGGCAUGGAGACCGAGACAGUGGGCGGAGUCACGACCUGCCACGCCUCCCACCUGACGGCCUUCUCGGUCCUCCUCGACCCGAUGCCCACCUCCUUGGGCGUUCACGAGAAGGUCCUGUCCAUCAUCACUUACGUAGGCCUAGCGCUCAGCACGGCGGGACUGGCGGCGACCGUGGCUACUUAUGCUAUCUUCAGGACUUUGAACCGUGACAGGAGCGGCAAAAUCGUGAUGAACCUCUCCCUGGCGCUGCUGCUCCUCAACUGCGUGUUCUUCAUCACGACCCAAGUGAAGCCCUCGUCCAUCGCCUGCACUGCUCUGGGCGCCGCGCUCCACUACCUCGUCCUCGCUGCCUUCGCCUGGAUGCUGGUCGAGGCCGCGAACAUGUACCAGCUCCUCAUCACCGUGUUCGCCUCGGCUGAGACUCACUUCAUGGCCAAGAGGGUGGUCGGCGCCUGGGGAGUUCCCCUGAUGGUUGUCGUGACUGCCUUGGCCGUCGACUACAGGGUGUACCAAGAUGAGGCGAGGGACAUCUGCGUCAUCAAUCCCAGGCAUAACGUUAUCGUGUACUAUGCUGCGUAUAUGGGCCCCAUCUGCUGCGUGCUCGCCGUCAACUGCGUCGUGUUCGUGAUGGUGACCCGCGUCCUUUGCCAGCGGCGCCCGAGGUCCCACAAGCCCCACUCCUCUUCAGUCACCCCUAAGAGGGAAGGCCCCGUCACCCUGGCGCAGGUGCGCGGCGCCGUGACCGUGGUGGCGCUGCUGGGCGUGACGUGGGUCGCGGGCGCCGUCAGCAUCGGGUGGGCGCGCCUCACGCUGCAGUACAUCUUCUGCAUCACCACCCCGCUGCAGGGCCUGAUCAUCUUCGUGGUGCGCGUGGCGCAGCACCCCGAGGCGCGCGCCGCCUGGAUCGCCCUGCUGACCACGGGCACGCUGCGCAGGCGCCCUCCGACCACGCACACGCACUCCACGCACUCCUCGGCACACACGCACUCCACCACCUCGACGCCGCCCCGCAACCACCACUCGUCGGCGCGGACCGUGUCCACGCGGGCCUCGCCGCUCAACUCGGUCAAGAAGUCGUCGUCGACCGUGCGCAACGGCUCCACGAAGCGCUCGAGGGGCGCCAGCAAGAACGGCAGCGUGUACCGCAGCGCCUCCGGCCCCAUGGACUCGGCUUCCAGGAACUCCGGCAUGGGGACGCUCUUGUCGCGCAUCGUCAGCCGCCUGAACAGCGGCGGCCUCGAGCCCCACGCGUCCCCGAGGGCGGAGCGCGGCGCCGGCGAAACCUCGGCCGCCGCCAAGACCGCCCUGCACACGAUGCCGACGGGCUGCCCGCCCCCUGCUCUGUCUCCGCAGUUGUACGAGAGCGAGGCGUUUUUUAGUCAGGCUCUGCUGGACGAGACCUACUACCAGCACAGCGCCAUGAACGGCCACGCGCAGCGCCCGCACUCGCUCGUCCUGCUCCGGACGGAGAGCCACGGGGGCGCGGCCAAGAGCCAGCCCCCCGUGGUGCCGCAGCCCUUCGUCGGCUCGCAGAUCCCCGCCCUCCUGUCGCCCAACCAGCAGCUGCAGACGCUCCUGAACGCCGGCGUGCCCCCGGCCAUGAUCCCGAGGCGGUCGCUGGGCUCGCUCAUGCUCCUGGGCGAGGGCAAGGAGGGGGACGACUCCUCGUGGCACUUCGUCAGGCCUCCUCCCGACGGCCGCAGCGACCCCAUGGACAACGACUUGCCUUACGACGAGCGGAACGACGUCGCCGCGCGCACCCCGACGGCCUUCAGGCGCACAGCCAUCCUGGAGACCUCCAAGAGGCGGACGACGACGACGACGACGGCGACGGAGAGCGGGUGCGUGGUGCUGGCCGGCCAGAGGGUGGCGACCAGGGCCUCCCCGAUCAUCAUGGCCGACGAGGGCAAGGAGGCGAGCCCCUUCUCGGCGCUGACCCGAGCCAACAGCGAAAUGCAGAUGGGCUCGCCGGCCGUGGGCGCAGCGACGCUUCGGCGAACCGCCUCCGUGUACACGCUGGGCGAAUGGGAGGACCCGAGGUCGUCGCAAGCUUGAGUUCUCAAAGGCCUUUCAUGUUCUUCAACAUCUAAAAUGUCAAGUUCUAAAACUCUUCCAAGUUCUUAAAAAGCCCUAAUAGUCCUCCGUAUUCUGAAACUCUUCAUCAAGUCCUACAAGUCCUUCCAGUUCUGAGACGAAGUUCCGUUACCACUUGAAUCCAAAGACUGUGUCCCUCAGUUCGGGAAUCUCACAGAAAAGACAAUACAGAUAAAAUGCCUUGUGAGUGCGUGUGUUUGUGUGUGUGUGUGUGUUUGUUUCUGGUUGCCUUGUUUCCGCGAGUACGUGUGUUUGUUUGCGAGGUAGAUCUUUAUAUAUAAAGUAGAAUAGUUUUCUGGAGUGUAACGAAGGCAGAUCAUACCAAAAUAACAAAUGUAAACUAGUCAUAAUACUAGAACAAGAUCAUUAGUUUAACUGAGUGAGUCAUUCCUGGAGAGCAACAUUGCAAGUAAUCAGAAAUCGACAAAAAGUGAUUCGAACCUUAAUUCUGAAAUGAACACAAGGUCACAGACAAUAUUUUCUCAUUGAAGCAUAUUUAAAAAAAACAAUGUGUUAUAAAGAUAGUCAUGUUGCAAAACUUGUCUGCAACGUGUUCUGAUUACUGCUGGACUGCCAAGGCUUCGCUAAAAUGCCGAAACCUCUCAUAUCUAGUAUUAUUUUUCAAACCAAUUUUUAUAGCCAAAUAUGUGGAAAGAUGUGUAUCAGAUUUACUAUAAUACAAACACUCCAAACUCAGUUUUGGCCAUAGCAAUUUUUUUAGUCAUAUUAUAGACGGUAGAGCAGGAAUUGUAGUUUGUAAGAUGAAUUAAUGAAAGCCAUAACGUUAUAUAACUUGACUAUAUAGUUGUUGUUACUAUAGACGCCGUCAGGAAACUCAGUGAAUUUCACUAUUUCAGAUUUCGAACUCAGAUUUUUUUUAAUUAAGAUUUUGAGGUCUGUUGUACAUAGAUUUUUUUGACAAUCUUCGAUGCGAUUUUUUGGAGCAGUCUUUUAUACGACUUGUAUUCCUGUUAUAUAUAUAAAAAAGACAGUAAAAUACUAAAGAUUUUCAGGGUCAGCAACAUAAAAAAGAAUUACUUGGUCACAACAUGUACCUCUCGUCCUGACUCUGAAGUAAGACUGAGUUUUCACGUGUAUAUGUAUGUAAAUAUGAAUAUAUAUAUAUGAACGUUUGUCUCGUCGUGAGUAUAAUCAAAAGAGUAAACAAAUUCAGUGUGCAUUUGUUUAGCAUCUGACCAGAGACUAGUCUGUUAUGCCUGAACAAGAACAUAGUUGUCAGGGUGGUGAACAUUGUGUGUGUUCCGAGGCAGUAGAAUUUCCUGUCUAGGCAAUGAUGACGUCAGAGUUUCUUUGUGCGAGAUUUUGCGAGUUUUUGCGAGGUCCUGUAUACACCUGAUAGUAAAUACAGGCCUACCUUUAAAUAUUUAUUUGAAACACCUGAAAAUAGUUUUUUUUAAGUGAUGGGGUAAAAAAGAAGAAAUAUUUAUGAUAAAUAAAACGUAUUUAUUUAAAGAGAGAGAGAAAUGAGGAAAAAAACAUUAUGUUUAGUGAUAUUUAGUUGUUUUAUAUCAAUAAUGUUGUUAUGUUAUGUUGAAGUUAUUGGUGUUCAAUAACUUUCCACAUUGCCAAGAAAGAACUACUGUGUCCAUAAUUAUAUGAAUAUUCUGCGUACGAGAAUAUUGUACACAAUAAAUAUUAUGAUACUGGU